CGCUCCUUCCUGGUGAAGAAGCACUUCUCGGCCAGCAAGAAGCCCAACUACAGCGAGCUCGAGAGCCAGAGCGUGCUGGUGUCGCCGCUGCUCUACGAGCCGUGCCCGCUGUCCGUGAUGCCGCCGGGAGAGGUGCUGGGCGGCACCACCUACUACCCGCCGCUCGUGUGGGACGCGGGGCUGCUCUCGAGCCUCUUCCCGGCGGGCGGCGAGGCGGCGGGCGGCCCCGCUCCCGGCCUCGACCUGGCCGCGCUCUCCAGCGAGGAGGACGAGGGCAAGAGCUCGGGGCCGCCCAGUCCGGCCUCGGCGCCCGCCGCCGCCGAGCGCUUCCGCUGCGCCCAGUGUGCCAAGGCCUACUCCACGUUCGCCGGGCUCUCCAAGCACAAGCAACUGCACUGCGACGCCCAGGCCAGGAAGUGCUUCAGCUGCAAGUACUGCGAGAAGGAGUACGUGAGCCUGGGGGCUCUCAAGAUGCACAUCCGGAGCCACACGCUGCCCUGCGUCUGCAAGAUGUGCGGCAAGGCCUUCUCGCGGCCCUGGCUGCUGCAGGGCCACAUCCGCACGCACACCGGUGAAAAGCCCUUUUCCUGCACACACUGCAACCGGGCCUUCGCCGACCGCUCUAAUCUCCGYGCCCACCUGCAGACCCAUUCAGAUGUAAAGAAGUAUCAGUGCAAAACCUGCUCCCGGACUUUCUCCCGUAUGUCCCUGCUUCACAAACACGAGGAAACGGGCUGCUCCGGAGCGCGCUGAGGACUCGGCCCCGCCGCCUGCCCACACGUAUGUUGUAACUAGUUGCUGUAGAAGGUAGUUUCCGUGGUGUUGCCGUGCGUGUCCGACCUGCAGACACAGCUACUGGGGGCCUURAGAGACUUCUCCACACUCCUCGUUUCGUGCCUCCUGUGCAAUUGUCAAGGCCCGGUCCCUCUCCCGGCCGAGGCGGCAGCACUGGCCGCUGCAGGUGCCGGUCCUGGCGCUCCCGCCUGGCUCGGCUGGGAGCCGAAUCCCGCGGGAUUUGCUGCCGACCUGCAUCAGGUGCUACUGGUUGCUGAAGGCGCUCAGCACCUUGCAGGGUGGCACCUGCACCCUGACCGCGCCGCUGGUAUAGAACAUUGCAAUUCUGUAGCUUUGGGGUUUGCUUUUUUGUUCUGGUUUUACCAUAACCACUUGGUAACU